AUGCCAGGAGACGGAGAUGACCGCGCUGCGCUCGUCAAUCGACAGCUGCCAGAGAUGACACUGUCAACAGCAGACAACCCUCUCACAGCGCCCAAACCACCCCCAGACGACCUUUCUACCGCACAAAGAGCUCAGUAUAGGUUCCAGGUCAAGGGAAACGCAGUUAUCACUGGUGGCGCAGGUACACUUGCACUUGAAGCCGCGCAGGCGCUCCUCGAACAUGGAGCCACAGGCUUAGCCCUAUGGGACAUGAACCCAGACCAAGCAUUCGAAAGCGUCAAGAAACUCCACGCCAAGUUUCCCCACGCGCGCAUCAUGACCGAAGCCGUCGACGUGCGCGACGAGAAAGCCAUCGCAUCGGCCGUAGAAAGCUCCGUCAAGGUGCUAGGCAGUAUCGACAUGCUAUGCUGCUUCGCGGGCGUCGUAGGCUGCACACACGCCAUAGAGAUGGCGGCCGACGAAUGGCGGCGCACGCACGACAUCAAUCUCACAGGCUCUUUUCUCUGCGCGCAGGCUGUUGCGAAGCAAUUGCGCGCUCAAGGGACUGGAGGGAGCAUCACCUUUACUGCGAGUAUUUCUGCGCAUCAUACAAACUACCCACAGCCGCAAUGUGCAUACAACUCGUCCAAGACAGCGUUGCUAUCGCUGGCAAAGAGCUUGGCUGCUGAGUGGAGUAGCUAUGGCAUCAGAGUUAACUGCUUGAGCCCAGGCUACAUGGACACGAUACUUAACGACGGUGAUGGUUUGAUUAGAGCGCGCAAGAGCUGGAAUGAGAGGAAUCCGAUGGGCCCACUAAGCGGCGCGAAGUUGCCUGACCGGAGCACUUUGGUCUCAAUAAAAGACCGCCCUACUGUGGAGCCAAAAUGGACUGAUAUGUCUCUUAGUCUAAUGGUCAGGGAAGCUUAUAAUGCUCUCCGACAGUCGUCACUGAGCGCUUCGUCCAACAUGAGCCAUCCUAAUGAAAUGGCAUGGCAACAAGCGUACGAAACGCUCAGGGCACGUUUUGAGAUCGAGUAUUUGCAACACUGCGACCAGAAUAUUCCCAUACAACGCAUGGCGUAUCUUAUUGGCAAGCUAAUUCCCAGCAAAUUCGACUUCGUCACUCGCCAGAUAUGGCUACGACACCACGCUUCGACGCUUGCCGCUACGCCUUCGUCUCUACGAACAAACAAGGCGUGUCAAGGAACAGAACGAGACCUCCUCGACGCGUCCAAAACCCUAGGGAUCAGCAACCACUUCCAAGUCCCAGCGCGGACAGGGCGUGGAUGUUGGCAUAUUCUUGCCUUGCAAAUGGAUUCCUUCAUGAGGCAGGCUCGAAUUGGACGCUCUUGA